CCUCAGCAUCUGGGGUCGGAAAGCUUUCCGAGAUAACAAGGUGCAGAGCUGGAUGAACGCAGCAGGCCAAGCAGCAUCAGAGGAGCAGGAAGGCUGAUGUUUCGGGCCUGGACCCUUCUUCAAACUUUCCAAUGUUUUGAGAGGCAUGUCCAGUCCAGUCAUUCUCAUCCCUGCAGCCACCAUCUUGAGACCAAAUUGUUUCAGAUGGCAGUAUGCCAGCGAAGGCUUUGAGAGAGCACGGGCACAGGGCAACACGCAUUGAAGCAGGAUUGCAAGGGAACUCACUCGGCAAUGACGAAAGGAAGCAGAUUCUGAAUAUUCUGAGUAACUGACAGACAGAGUUCACACAGCACUGAGGUGGUUAGGUGUGUGACUGUACAAGGACUGUACGAGGAACACGGAAGAUUAAAUGAAGAUGAAGUUGUUUGCUAGCAUUUUCGUCACCUGUACUCUGUUUUUGAGAGCCUUGUCUCUCAGAUGUUUCUCCUGUAAAGAUCCGACUGGGAAUUGUACAGAGGAGCAAGCCUGCAAUUCAACUCAGAAUUUGAGCUGCAGAACCAUCCUGGGCACACUGAAUUCCUUUUUCAGCUCGGACGAGUCAGUCAUUUACGAAUGUGGGAGCUGCAUUGGAAAUCUGUCCCUCAAUUUGGGUACACUUUCAGCCUCCACAACUGAGAGCUGCUGUCAGUCCGAUCUGUGCAACAACCAAAACAUCACAGAAGAGGCUAACACCACUUUGAACGGUCUCAAAUGUUUCAUGUGCUCGUUGUUCGAUACAUGUGAAAAUCCAGCGACAAUGGUGAAAUGCAUGGGUUCACAGACACGGUGCCUCCACUCCUCCGUCACAGUAAAUUCAUUUCCUAUGACUGUUAAAGGCUGCGCCUCUGAGACUACGUGUCAAAACCCAGAGGUGUUAAAGGAUUACGGGGUCCAGACACAGCAAGACUUCUACUGCUGCCGGGGGAGUGGCUGUAAUCGCGGGAGUUCAGACAUCAGCUCAGUGCAGAUAACAACACCGUUAAAUAUUGUGACAGCAAAUAACUAUACCUCACCUGUACUGAGUUUGCCUGUCAAUAUUACAAACACUGCGGCCGUCAAUGACUCCACCUCGACUGUACGGAUGGCAGCUGCGACACCCACUAACCUUGUAACAAAUUCGCCUCUCAGAUGUUUUGCCUGUGAGGAUGAAACUGGAGUCUGUACAGAUCAGCAUGCCUGUGACCCAGCUGAGAACCUGCACUGCAGAACCAUCUUGGGCAAACUGACUAUUGGUCGGAUCACCCAAACAUCUGUCGUCCGUGACUGUGGGGCCUGCAUUGGAAACCUGUCCUUUGACGGUGGCACAUUCUCAGCCUCAACAAUCGAGAGCUGCUGUCAGACCGACCUCUGCAACAACAGGACCAUCACAGAAGAAGCAAACACCACAUUAAAUGGCCUCCAGUGCUAUGUGUGCCCAUCGAUUUUGAGCAGAACAUGCGAUAAUCCCCUGGAAAUGGUGAAAUGUGCCGGGACACAGACGCGGUGCCUCCACUCCUCAAUCAGAUACAGCGGACAGCACAACGUCACUAUUAAAGGCUGUGCUUCCGAGAGGAUGUGUGCACUCUCCGAUUUGCCGAAGGUCUACGGCAUCACAUUGGGCCCUGAUUUCUUCUGCUGCGCAGAGAACGGCUGCAAUGGCGAGCGAACGGUAGUGGAGCAGUCCACGGUGCAGUCAACGACGAACGGCAAACCGGCCCUUCGACCGCGCGUGGCGCUGCUGGCCGCGCCUCUGCUCGCAGCAGCAAUGCGCCUGCUCCCACCCUGAGGGCAAAAUGACGCUUACUUUCUGGGGCCGCUAGCUUUGCGCGGACGGCAAUCCCUCGUGGAUGGGGAACUCGGGUGAUGGCCGUUUCACCUUUCAAUUGUGAAAAUCGCUGAAUUUUACCCAGAGUAAGCGAGCAUCCAGCAAUAACGAGAAUGGACCAACUGGCACCUACGAAACCUCAACCCAUUCAUCCGUGAAUGUUUUAUGAAUCAACAAACAAUAAGCGACAACAAUAGACCACUCCUCCAUUCAAUAAAAUCACAGCUGACCUGAUUUUGCCCUCAACUCUCACAUUCCUAUAUAUCCCACUAACCUUACACCCCUCCUUGGGAAUCAAGGAUCUACCUACCACUGCUGUCCAAAUAUUUAAGGGCUCUACAUCCACUGCUUUUUGAGGAAGAGAAUUCCAAAAACUUCGGAGAGAGAAGAAAAUGUUUCCCCACCUCUGUUUCUAACUGUCGACAGCUUGCCUUUGGAGUGGGAGCCCUCCUGAUUCUAGAUUCUUCCACAAGAGGACAUAUCCUCUCAAUAUCCAAGUCCCCUCAGGAUCUGAAAUGCUCCACUUAAGUCACCUUUGACUUUUCUCAGCUCCAGAGAGCAUAGGCCUAGACAGCCCAAACCUUUCCUGAUAAAGGAAUUAAUGAUAAUUUAUGGCACGUCUCUUUCAUGCAUCUUCACACAGUCACUUGUGUUAGCUACGAGUCACUGUGUUGCAAUGAUGCAGUCUUCUGAACACCACUCAACUCCCUCUCCAUCCCCUAAUGUCCCCUGAAAUUCCCCUCCCAUCUUCUGAGUUGAUUAUUUCUUCCGAACUUUGCUGCACUCCCAAGCUCGAUACUUUCACGUCAGUCAUUUGAACUGAUUCCUUUGUCAUUCAUUGAAUUCUUCUUCAUGCCUUGCCACUUUAUCAGUGUAAACUCCUCAGCUGUCAAUGCUGGGCACACC